GGUGUGGAGCGCUUCUGCAGUUUUGCUCAGUCAGAUCCCUGUUACGCAGCUUUGGGAGACAAACUCAACCUGCAGAUGGUGGUUGCUAAUAAACAUAACCUGUCCAUAAGAAAGAGGAUAAACAACAACACACAAGAUGAUCUAGUUUGUAAAGUAAAAUUAUUGAACGCUUGUGAUCUUUAUAAAAACAGACCUGAAGUGAGAAUCAUUAACGGGACUGUGAUAAUAAACACUGUGAAGAGAGAAGAUUCAGGAGAUUACAGAUUACGACUUAAUAAUCCUGAUGGCGCAGACACGUUUAAAGAUCUUCAGGUGAAUGUUGAAGCUCCUGUUGGCUCAGUUAGGGUGUCAAUCAACUGCUCCUCCAAUCAGAUGAGGUCAGUGUCCUGCUCCUCUGAGGGGGAUCAGCUCCUCUACAGCUGGACUCUCAAUGGAGAAACACUGAUGGAUGAAAACAGCAGCAUUCAGCUUGAAGAGGAAACUGAAGGAGAAAUCACCUGCACUGUAAAGAACCACGUCAGUAAAAGACAGAAGACUGUUAGCACCGAAGACUGUUUAGUGACCAGCAGCAGUCUAACAACAUCAAACUGGGUGUCUCACAGCUCUAUGCUGGUCAUUUAUUUGAUGACUCUGUUCGCUCUGUUAGGAGGAUUUCACAUCUACAUCCACACACAAGUCAGGAAAGAAAGAAGAUCAAAACCUGAUGAUGAGGAGAUUUAGAGAAGAACACAGAGCAGAUCCCAUCACAUCUGUAUUAAAAUGACUGCACGAUUUCCAAGAGUUUAUUUUCAUAUAGUUUUCUCGUCUUUGAUUGAUUUCUCAUUGUUUAUAAUACCUAAACCAUUCAAACAUUUCCUCUUUGUGUGUAACUCAGUUUUGAGUUUUGAGUUUUCAGGUUCAAGUCCCAGCUGGGUCAGUUGGCAUUUCUCUGUGGAGUUUGCUUGUUCUCCCUGUGUUGGUGUAGGUUUCCCUCCCGCUAUAGGGGAGUUGAAUAAAUAUGUGUGCCAUAUAAUAUGCCAUAUAUGUGUGUGUGUGUGUGUGUGUGUGUG